AUGGAUCUUCAACCCGAGAGCCUUUCGCCAGACACCGCUGCCAUCGCAGAUGCGAACCUCGAUACCAAUGGCACUUUAACUGAGGUCACUCCCACCAGCAUACCUGCAGCAUAUCAGCAAAAUUCUUCCUUCCUCCGGUUGCCUCUCGAACUUCGUUUCAUGAUCUACGACCACGCUCUGGACUAUGAGCCCGGCUUACCACUAGGAUAUCUGCCAAUCGACUAUCCCGAGACACUCGAAGCUGUGGCCCAACUCUCUGGUAUAUCACGUCAGAUACGGGACGAAGUGCAUGCCUGGGUUGCAGACCAAAUAUGCAUUAUCCAUCUUAGUACGGCUCAAGGCCGUCGUCUCCUACCCCUCUCUGCUUCCUCCAAGUAUUUCACAGCAUUCAUGGAAGGACCCGUCGAAUGGGAAGAUUUCUACUUGAGAGCACCGCGCGACAUUAAGUUUUGGAAGUCUUCCAUGUUCUUCUUCGCGUGGUCCUCGGGACUAGUCUCCUUCGAAAUCGACUUCAGAAGGAGAGAAGUGUUUGUGGAGGGAAGGAAAGUCGACAUGAGCCGCUACGGGCCAUAUCGAUCUUCGUUCUAUGGACCAUCUCAAUCUUCCAUCAAUGCUGAGGACCUGUCCCAUAAAGCUUUGCAAACUUCAGUAAACUCCCUGACCAAGUCCAUGCAGACAGUGGUAGAUCAAGCAGGAUUUGAUGGAUUCACAUUGGAAGACAUGCAUUCGCUAUUGCGCGAUCUGAAGCUCUCGGUUCCUGAGCCCUCUGGAGAUGUUCAUCUUGAGUACGAUGAUCCGGACGCAAAGUCUAUUGAAACAGGCGGAGAUUGA